AUGGCCACCACUGUGCGCCAUUCCGUCUCUCUGUAUAUCAACUCGUUUCGGCAUAAAUACAAGCCGUACUAUCCGGCAAUCGCCGUCGGCGUCCUCGGUUCUGUUAUCAUUGGACGCGCAGCCUGGAAUGACUACAAAGUGUUUCUGAGUUACGGUCCUGGCGGUGUGCCGUACAACGUUUUCGGAUGGUUCGUCGCGACUUUGAUCCGCGCAUUUGGCAUCAACAUGUUCGAUGUACGUGAUUUCGAGAAGAGUCCGGAUCAGAGGAGCUGGCUCGGUCGGAGUUGGCCGACAAAGAACAGAAGUGGUGUGAGGCCCACGAUUGGGCCUCAUCUCAUACCGCAACGGCAGUUGGACCAGCAUGCUCCCCCCGAGAUACAGGAAAAAUACCAAGAAGCAUUCAAUUCUCUCGUGGCUCAAAACGCAAACAUUGUUCAAUUUAAGCUAUCGAAGUACGAGCUCCAUACUGAUGCCGUGUGGGUGCAUGACGAUUGUCCAGUCUAUACCCUCGGCAAAGACUUUACCAGAGAGGUUUCGCAUAUUCACAAAAACACCGAUUUCUCGACUCAUGUUAUUCUUGCUCCCAAAGAUGCCAUGCAGGUCAUCAGAUCUGGUUGGGGGCAGUUGCAUGGCCUCGCUGGAGUCAGCCUAUUUGGACGGAAAGUACUGCCAAAGCCGUAUGUCCUGCUCUAUGCUCCACGAACCGAGGAGGAGGUUGGCAUCUUGAUUGAAAUUGUCAGAGCGGGUAUCGGAUUUAUGACAGAUUCAAGGGAGUUGAUGUCGCCUUAG